GCCCAUUUACACAGAACUCAAAAAUCCAAGCAAGAAACGCAUGCAAAAAGUUGCUAAUAUCUCUAUUUUGGCCGUGUUGGUCAUGUACCUACUGACUGCCAUCUUUGGCUACCUCACCUUCUAUGGAAAUGUGGAGUCCGAGCUUCUGAAUAUGUACAGUAAAAAUGACACCCUGAUGCUGUGUGUUCGGCUGGCUGUGCUGAUAGCAGUGACACUGACCGUUCCCGUUGUCCUUUUCCCGAUUCGUCGUGCUGUUUUGCAGCUUCUUUUCCCCGAUAAACCUUUCCACUGGGUGCGUCACAUCUCCAUCACUGUUUGCCUCCUCUUCUUAGUCAACCUGCUCGUCAUCUUUGUGCCCAACAUUCGUGACAUCUUCGGCUUCAUCGGUGCCACAUCUGCUCCCAGCCUCAUUUUUAUUCUUCCGGGAAUAUUCUACAUUUACAUCGUCCCUGAGGAAAAGGAGCCGUUGAAAUCUCGGCCAAAGAUCCAGGCGAUUGCAUUUGUGACACUGGGUUUCAUCUUCAUGAUUAUGAGCAUUACGUUCAUCAUAAUCGAGUGGGUCACCGGGAAGAAGACAUCGGGUGGCCACUGAGAGAGCACCACCGGAUUCCAAACAUUAAAGACCAAAUCUAAUACAGAACACAAAACUCUUGAACCUGCAACGUCUGCAUCAGGUUCAGUUUCAAGUUAACUCCUCAGUUUCAAUACGUCCAGUUAACUAACUUCAAGAAAAAUGCAAAGAAGACUGGUAACACAUGAUCUUGAAUAAUUAAAGCUAUGAUGUUCUAAGGACAUUUUACAAAUAUUUAUGGAAUUUUUAAUGAAAGCCACUUUUACAUGCAAAGUUAUUGCUGUUAUGACCGGCAGAUGGAACUUUCUAAACUACACAAUACUGAUGGAAAAUGUGAAACUGAGAUGAGAAUUCACUCAUCUAUAUAGCCAAAGUUGUAAACAUGCCGUUUGAAGUCUACCUCCUACUACACAGAGCAAUUUUACCGUUACAGAGUCCAUUUUUACAGCUCACUUGGGGUCCAAAGAUCUUUUAUAAGUGAAAAUUCUUGUUUAAUACACAAUUUUCAUUCUAAAAACAAUAUUAUCAGCUUAGCAUAAUAAUAUUAGAUCCUAAACAACACCAUUUUAUUAUUAUAAUAAUCACAUUUAUUUUUUUGUUUUGAUUUUUAUCCUAAAACUAAUCCAUAAACAUUUUAUUUCCAGAGUUAAUUUUGAUUUUGUAUCCCACAUAUUCAAUUUGGUCUCUGAAUUUGGUGAAUUUAAUUUUUAAAGAAAUAAUAGGCAGUUCUGUUAUUCAACAUGCCUAAAAGCAGCUUAUAACAUUAUUCAAUAAGGAAGAGUACCGUUUUUGAAUUCUAGCAUUGUUUUAAGCACAAUGCUUCAAUGUCAGAGGAUGAACCUGAAGUUAAUAAAUGUAUUUACUGUGUUUUUUCUCAUUACAUAAUCAAAGAAAUUAAAUCUACAGUACAAGAUAUCUUACAGUACACAAUUAGUGUUUAGCGCAGUUCUUGUCAUAUGACAACAUUUCUGUACUCCGUUUAAGAGAGAAGGAAUAUAAAUGUCUGAAUACGAAAUAUCUAGCAGUAUUUCAGAAACACACAACACUGCUUGUGAUCUUUCAUGUUGUAUGUCAUUUUGGAAAUACUUUUUGAACAUCUUGAAAAUUAGAAUACUUUUAACAAACUUGAAAAAUGUUGUUAAAAUAAUUUAUUACUGGUUUACAUGGUGACGUGACAAAAAAUUAACUCCAGAAAUGGGCCGGAUAAUGAUUAUUAUUUUUUUUUUUAACUUACUACAGUAUAACACAGUAUUGAUAGGUCUGCAGAAUUUAUCAUCAAUAAUAAGCUCACUGAAAUGUCCCUGUGGUCAUACUAUGCCCAUCUGCGUUACUUCUCAUCAGUAUCUGUGAGUUUACAUGGACCAGGACUAAAAUUGUUUCCUGCUGGUCAUUACAACUACUUUAUCAUAAAUGUCAACAUGUAUGGUUGUUUUGUAUAGUCUUUUAUGUACAUAUUGUGUGUGGAAUGGAAGAAACCUUCCAUUAUUUCUUGUAAAUCAGUGUACAUAUUCUGUGUACAUAUUCUACAGUCUUUUUCUGCUCUGAUUGGGCUUGAAUGGUGGUUGAAAAUAAAACGUAAUACUGAACGGAUCAAUAA